AUGCCCCCUUCAAAGAAUCGGCCGGCUACGUCGGGUUAUGCCCGCCUCUCCCAGGCAGAUGAGGACCGGGAAUAUGAGUACGAAUCCGACGAAGAUCCAUACAAUGCUCCUCCGACGUUAUCGUCCUCCGUCCCUCGCUACGCUCCAAUCCGCCCAGCAGGCCAGGCGCAAUCGCCUAGACAAGCAUCGCCUGGUCAUCACAAUAGAAGACCCUACUAUGGAAAAGCUCGGAGAGGUCGCACGGACUCUUCCGGUGUAGAUAUUAAGGCCAUUAAUAUGAGAUUGGAAAAAUGGGCCGAAGAAAUCGCGUCCAAGUUCAAGAUCAACCGAGUUAGGGGAAAGACGAAUGAGGAAGAGCAAUUAGAAAUUCACCAUACCGUAUUCCAAGCUCCAGAGGGCAUUCGACCGGUAACCGCUGCUUCUCUUGAGGCAGACCCCCCCGAGACCGGACGAAUGACCGAAGCGGAGUUCGACGAGAUCGUAGAAAGCGUUCAGGUCGCAAUAGAGCUCGGAGUGCAUCCAAAAAUGAUCUCUCAAGGCAGCUCUGGGAGCUACUUCGCAAGAAACAGUGAAGGAAAGGUGGUAGGAGUAUUCAAACCAAAAGACGAGGAACCAUACGCAUCCCGAAAUCCCAAAUGGACCAAAUGGAUACAUCGAAAUCUAUUUCCUUGUUUCUUCGGCCGCGCCUGCCUUAUCCCAAACUUGUCAUAUGUCUCUGAGGCCGCAGCUUAUGUACUCGAUACACGAUUAAAAACUAACCUUGUUCCUUACACUGAUAUUGUACGGCUGUCUUCUAAAUCUUUCUAUUACGAUUUUUGGGAUCGAAGACGUGCAUGGAGAGGUAAAAAGCAAUUACCAGCUAAACAAGGCAGUUUCCAAGUUUUUUUGAAAGGGUUUAAGGAUGCAAAUAUAUUUUUACGCGAGCACCCAUGGCCGGACCAAGCCAAUACAGGGUUUCACCCAGAGGAUGCACCCCGAAGAAAGAAACGACCCUGGAAUGAGGCCUGUCAGCCAUCUGGAAUCCAUUCGGAUGAUGAGGAUGACUAUCGGAGUGCUCGCGUGGCUACGCCUCCCCAGGACGACAGGCAGCGCAAGUUUCAAUGGACAGAAAACUUACAACAGUCAUUUAGAGAAGAGCUUGAAAAAUUGGUCAUAUUAGAUUAUAUAAUGCGAAAUACGGACCGAGGACUUGAUAAUUGGAUGGUUAGGGUGGAUUGGAAUACCGAGGAAGUCUCCAUCAUGUCGGAGCCGCCAAAGAUGAAUGGAGUGAAUCACCUCGAGGCUGAAGAAGAGCAGAUGCCUCCUGUCCGACCGGUAUCUGUCAAUUCAGCGCGCACGAGCUCUCCUAUGUACCCUUACAGGCGGCACGAGGUCAUGGCAGCCAUAAGUCGAUCUGGAACACCACUGAAUGCAAUGGAACUUUCUAAUGCCACAAUAUCCAUCGGAGCCAUUGAUAAUAGUUUAUCUUGGCCCUGGAAGCACCCUGAUGCCUGGCGUAGUUUUCCUUUUGGCUGGCUCUUUCUCCCGGUUUCUCUCAUUGGCCAGCCGUUUUCGAAGAAAACUCGAGACCAUUUCUUACCCCUUCUCACAUCGACAGCCUGGUGGAGCGGCACGCAAACGGCACUUCGGCGUGUCUUCAGCCAAGAUUCGGAUUUCAAAGAGAGCAUGUUCGCAAGACAGAUUGCUGUUAUGAAAGGACAAGCUUGGAAUGUCGUGGAGACAUUAAAGCAACCCGACCAUGGCCCCUUAGAGUUAACUCGUAGAACAAGAGUUUGCGUCUGGGACGAUUUGGUGGACAUCCCUGUUGCGAUUCCUCUACGUGUGCCCUCUUCAGAGGUGCAACGACGAGCCGCGCGUGUGCGGCAGGAGUCACAGGAAGAAAUGGACAUCAGCACCGCUAUGGCAUCACCGCGUCCCCAUCCUGAUCUAUUGAGUUUUGGUUCUCCAACUCACGAACUCCCUAAUCCCAACCGAUUUGAGCUCUCAAGAGACACGACGUCCUUCGAGUCUGGCCCCGCGCGAGAGCGAAGCACCAGCCCAAUCUCUUUUAGCCAGGUGAACUAUGGCAACCCGGACAGCCUUGGUGAGCGUGGCCGAGAACUUGCAAGCAGCUGGGCGGUGCCAGGCCCCCGAUCGUACGGACGCCAGCGAUUUGGCAAGCAUAAGAAGGGUGUAUCUCUAUCGCAACAUCGGAAUAGUACUGUUGCCUUUGGCGGUGAUGAUCUAGAAGGGGAUCUUGGCUAUGCGGCAGCAGAGGAGAUGGAUGGCCACGAGCGGAAAGUCAUUGUUGAGCGGCUCGAGGCUGUGAAAAGCAAGAAUCCGGUGUUUACAUGGUGCUGA